AUGUUUUCAACGUUGAGUAUAGCGCUGGCACUGACGUUACUACAGUGCCACACAGUUCUGGGAGACUUUGGCAUCCCACCGGUCAUCACGGAUGCGUUAACUUUGCAGGAAUAUGCAAACAACGUGGUCGACGAGGUGCAAGCGAUAGAAAACUCCUCCGCAGACAUACCAACCGAUGGACCAGAGCCAGACUUUAACGCGGCCGGGGUAGCCUUGAAGGCAGUGUUUGAGCAAAUCGUGGUUCUGAUGAGACCGAUCGGUCAAUCUCUCGGGAACCUCGCCGUCAAUGAUGUCGGUCCCGUGGAGACGCUCUUCGGUGACACCGACACCAAGAUCGGUGCAAUGCUGACCUUCAUCGCCAAUACGUUGCCGGGCUUGCUGGUACCGAUUGAGCCGACGGUGAGCAUAUACGUGAGGAACGAGCUAUACGACAUGGGACAGACGAUAAAGGGCAGCCUGGGGAAGCUAAGAAGUGCGCUCAAUUCUCUCCGCACCGGAGUCAUCAACGCACGAACGGCGGCGGCUUCCAAUAGAGGCGUCUACACCAGCUCCAUCAUCCAGAACAACGUUAAGUCUAGCCUGGUGGAUGCCGUGCUCAAGGCCACCCUAGAUGUGCACGCAAAUCUUCCCAGCGUGGAACUAUCCGCAAGCGAGUCCGCACGUACCAUCCUCACGGCGAACUUUUUCUUCGAGUCGGCGACCGCCAUCGCGUCCGGUGAAUCGAUCAACGAGGUGUGGGAAGGCGAACUCCUGAAUGACUAUCAGCUCAUAAUGGACUUUAAGGCGGAACUCCAGGCGCUGGUAGACUCCGAGCUUCCUCUCGUGAAGAGUCGUUUGGGAAGUUUCGCGACCGAAUUUAGCGCGCUGGUCGAUCCGCUCGACACGCAGUACGACGAAGUGUCAUCCGUGUUCGGCGAUGUCCUCACCGGGAUCGAUGCGAACGUACUGAACGGCUACAAAACGCUCGUGGCGAGCGCUAACAACUUCAUCAACGAUGUGGUAGAGCAUUUCUUUCCACCGAUCGAACCGGCGAUCAAGCAGGUGUCGCAAAGUCUGAUCUCGCGGGGUCCCUACGGCGAGUACUGCUACGAGACGUUCUACCCGAAGGUGGAAGUUUACCUGAGCUCCGUCGAGAUGUCCGUCGUGGGGUGCCUGAACACCGAGAUUGACCGUCAGAAGUCCCUCCGGGAGGCACUGUUGGAGGUGAUUUAUGAGCUCAAGUUUUUCCUGGAGGAUACCAACGAGUACCUCAACACUUGCUACCGGGUGUCGCAGUUUGACGAGCAGCUGGGCAACGAAUGUCUCGAGGAGCAUACCGACUUCUCGACGAUCAUCCCCUGUACCACGAUCAAAGAGUACGCCACUCUGCUCGAGCUGCUCUGCAAGGAGGUCGACUCGAUCCGGUUCCGACUGUGGAGAUGCAUGUCCCGCAACACCGCCCAGUUUCCCAUCGCAGCCUCCAACAUGCUGUUGCAGCUUGAGGCGUGCAGAAUCAGCGGUCAGUUCUCACCGGUGUGA